CUCCAAACAGAUUCAUUGGCAACGCCAUGUUGUUUUGAAGGAGAUUUCACAACUGAGAACUCAGCACUUCUUAAGCCUUUGUCGAUUUGCGCUCUACCUCAAGUUAAUUCCAAAAAUCGAAUAGUAGGUUGAGAGUGAAACAGAUCCUAAAAUGGCAGCCGUUGUCGCCCAAAAAGGAGACGGCGGAAGAACGUAUACCUUUGCCAGCCAACCCCGACCAGUUCAACAGAGAAAAAAAUUUAGAGAUCCGUUAACACAAGAGUAAGUGCUGUAGCGACGGUUGUAUUAACUUUUUAUUAGCUUCAUUCGUCAGUUGUUUACUAAACUAAGCUAAGUUCAGUAUUAUAAAUUUUGAGGGUUUAUCAUUUUAUUUGAGAACGGCAGCUCAUUAUUUGCCUCUUUGUACAUUUCGGAGAUCACUCUUAUCAAAUGAUGACACAGCUGCCUCUAAUGAUUUUGCCUAAGAUAAGCUGUACCUGUUCAGUAGGUUAUUUAUAAACAGGAUAGCUUUGGAGCUGCAACCUCUAUAUUGUGUCAAGUGGCCAUGCAUAUUGGUCAGUAAGGGAUAAACGUUGAUUGAUGGAUUUUGUUAUUACUUUAUGAUUCCUAAACUUUGCAGUUGAUUUAUAAAAGUAUAGUAUGUUUAGUUAAUUUGGCCUUAGAAAGACGACAUUAUUGACAAUAUUUUAAUGAGUACUCAGUAAAGCAUUUGACAAAGGGUUGUACCUAUGUUGAGGCUGCCAUAGUUUAUCCAUGUAUUAGUAUCAGUCAAGGCUUGAAGCUUCAUUUCUUGUUUCUACAGAAAUGAGAGUCCCAUGCCAUAUGGAAACAUCAUGUACGAUCGCAGAAUUGUUAGGGGUAAUACCUAUGCACAGAGAACUCUACCAGCAGUAAGUGUUGCAGAUCAAAUGAAAAUGUUGUUUGUCUGUUCAGUGUUGAACAAGUGCAUGUCAGGCCAAAAUGAAGUUGCAGCACAACGGUUUUUGUUUGCAAGCACUUGGAUUACAAAAACAGAAGUUAUUAAUCUUUUUAACAUUCUUGAUUUCCAAUUUACAUAUGCUUCUUCAGGUUUGGUCUUAUCUGCCCCCCCCCCCCCCCCCCCCCCCCAAAAAAGAAAUUUUUGGGGGUGGGGGGGCCCACCAUCCGCCCAUCAUUUUUUUUUAUACCUUAUUUUUUUUUUUUUUUAAAUAUUUUUUUUAACAAUAAAAAAAUAAACUUACUUACAACAACCUUUUUUAGAGAUUAUAUAUAUAUAAUAUAAUAAAAUUUUUUUUUCUUUUCGUGUUGUAAAAAAGGCAUUUCAGGCAAAAAAAAAUUUUCAGAAAAAAGGUUUUUUUUUUGAAGAACUUGGAUUAAAAAAAAAAAAGUUUUUUUUCUUUUUAAAAUUUUUUAUUUCCAAUUUUCAUAUGUUUUUUAAGGUUUUGUUUUUUUCCCCCCCCCCCCCCCCCCUCACAAGAAAAAGGAAUUUGGGUGGAUAGGGUGAACACAAUGUGCUUCCAAUUUGUUAUACACUACCUUAACUUUUAUUCUUAUAAAGAUUUUUUCAAACAGCUAAAAAAGUUGGCCUAAUCAGAACCUGCUUAUUAAGGGUAAUCAGAUCUAAAGGACUAGUUCAGUUUGACAUCACAUUGGAUAAUAGAAAAAAACCAGCCUAAAAUACUUCUGUCCCUUCAAUCAACAGUAAAAUAGCAAGAAGGGUUUACACGGAAAAAAAAAAAAACAGAAAAAACAGCAGCUCUGAUUUCUUUUUGUAAAACCAAAGAAAUAGAGAAUAGUUUGCAAAAGUUCGCCUCAAGAGGUUUCAUUUGAAUGGUAACACCCACAAAUUCAAAAGUGUGAAUGUCAUCUCACCAUAAACCAUCAGCCCAGGAGGGACAGGAUUAAUCACAUAAUCAGACUCUUUCAAGUUUUAUGUAGAAUCAUAUUUUCCAAACAUGAUAGAUCUCACACUUACAUUUUUUUCUUGUUAGACUGCACAACCUGAUCCUAUAGAAAUUCAGAGACAGCAAGAGGCAAGAAGAAGAGCAAUUGCCAGAAAACGAGCCAAGGCACAAUUGAAACCAAGGUCACCAGAACCUGUAGAAGGGAGAAAGCAUAUUGAUGUACAAACAGAACUUUAUUUGGAAGAGUUAAGUGAUCGUGUUGAAGAAGCUGAUGUUGAGACUCAAACAGAUGCCUUUUUGGAUCGACCUCCUUCUCCCUUAUUUAUUCCUGCUAAAAGUGGAGUAGAUGUUGCAACACAAAUUUUGGAGGGAGAGGUAAGUUAUGAAGUAAAAUCAGAGUCUUCAAACAAGAAGUAAGCCCUUGGGUUACACUGUAUACACUAAGUCUUAAGGCUGGUUAACAUAUUAGAACAAUUUGAGAUGAAUAAAAAAGAAAAUGCAAGGCAAACAAAAUAAUUAGCCUGAGUUUAGGCUGAUUUUUAUCUUGGAUUUUUCUCUUAAAUUGGAAUGACCUGCCCAAAAUUUGUAGUUUUACCAUGCAUUGUACAUUGGGUCGACAGAUCACACAGCAAAGUCUAUCUUUUAAACCAGUGUUAAUAGUCAACAUUUGACCCUAAACCAAUAAUAAAGAAUUAGUGGUAUAUGUGGAAGUUGUCUUUAAAAAUGAAAUGUAUCAUUCUUCUCUUUUUAAAUUAAUUUACAGUUACAACAUAUUAGUUUUGAAUUGCUCUUUCUUUCUCUUGUUUUCUUGUCACAAUAAAUUGAUCUGAAUUUUUUUGACCCUCUUCUUGGGUUUGAUGUAUAAACUACCUGGGCCCAGCUGUUCGAAAGGUGGAUAACAUUAUCCACUGGAUAAAUCUCUAUCCAGUAGAUAAUACUUCCUCUAAUAGUUAUCUGCUGGAUAGUGAUUUAUCCGUUGGAUAACGCUACACUGUAUUCGAUGUUCGAGCAACUGGGGCCUGUUGUUAUUUCACCAGUUGUUUUGUAUUAUUUUUACCAUCAGUCAUUUCAGUGUAAUAAUAUCACAUCCUCUUUGUCCCUCUCUCCUCAGUUGUUUGACUUUGACAUUGAAGUCAAACCUAUCCUCGAAGUUCUGGUUGGUAAAACAGUUGAACAAGCCCUACUUGAGGUAAUGGAAGAGGAGGAACUUGCAAAUCUUCGAGCACAGCAAAGACAAUUUAAGGAACUAAGAAAUGCUGAGCUUGUCGAAACUCAGAGAUUAGAGGAACAGGAAAGAAGACAUAGAGAAGAGAAGGAACGACGAAUGAGACAACAAGCGGAAGUACUCAGGAAAGAAAAGGAAACUGGGGAAAAGAUAUCAGCACGUGCCUUUGCCCAGGUAAUUAACCCAUUCACCCAGGCAGAUCCCCCCUUUUACCGUCCAUGCGCAUCCAUGUCCCUUGUGUACCACUUGUGAGGUCAUCAGUUUUAACCGGCUACCCAUGUAGGACAACUUGUCAUCUAACUUGUACAGAGGAAAAGAUAUCGAUUAAACUAUAUGUGAAUCUGCAAGAUUUAGUCAAGGAGGCCAGAGAAAAAGACAAAAUAACCAUGUAAAGUUUACCCGAAAAUUCCUAUGAAAAUCUUCUCCCACGACCCACACUCAUCUAAUUCUACGAUCCUAAAAGCUUUCCCAAAACUUUUCCCAUCCAAAUGAAGCCUAUUAAAUGCCAAUAAAAAGAGAAAAACUGGGGCUAGAAAAGUGAAAGAAUAUAGAGAGGAGAGAAGGCAAAAGGGGAAAUGUUGUUUUCUGUGCAUGCCUGAAUGUCAGAGUCUGAUAUUUUGAAUGUGGAACAGAAGGCUGCGAGCAACACAAAACGCAAAUGGCCUUUUGUAGUAGCUCUUGAUAGCUGGACAGUGACAACAAAACACCUUGACUAGCUUCAAAAUCCGUUUUCCACCAAAAUUCCCAUGGGUUAAUGGGUUAAAAUGGCGGCUGAAUUUCUUUCUUACUCUAUUUCAGUCAAACAAACAAGUUUGACCAACCAUUUAUGCUGUUCUGGUAUAUUGAACUCCAACUGAAUAACCUUUUGUAAUUCUUGCAGAGUUAUCUGGCUGACCUUGUGCCUUCUGUUUUUGGUUCAUUAAAUGAAAAUGGAUACUUCUAUGAUCCUGUAGAAAGAGGUAAACAGUGCUUAGAACUACAAAGUUAAUCUUAACUUAAAAUAGUAGCUUCUCAUAAACUAUUAAAAAAUGAUUCAAAACUUGCAAGAGUACUUCAGAUUAGCUGAGAAAAAUAGGAUAAGACUAAGAAGGCUUCAUCAGAGGACUCCACUUUCUUACAAAUUAUUACUGUACGUAGGGGCGGCGUCCUAAAACGGUCACCUAGAUGUACUCGCCUGCCUUCCUCACUUCUUUUCUUUGACUUUUUUAAAAAGAAAAUCUGUCUAAGAUGCAUUUUCUUUGACUUGCAGAUGUAGAAACAUACUUUAUGCCAUGGUUGCUGGAGAAAGUGGAAGGUGAAUUAAACCAAACCAUUGUUUCAAGAACUGUUCUUGAUGGUAAGUUCUGGUAGCCUGAAUUUUAGAUGAUUACUUCGAGUCGUUUUUACUCGCUCAUGCUGAGGGAGUAAAAAUGACUAGAAGUAGUCGUCGGAAAUUCAGGCUAAAGUUCUGGUACUUUGUUUAUACUAGGCAAUCAUUACCGGCAGUUUUCAUGCUACCUUGGUAAAAAGAACUUGGCUUAGGUUAUUCGCUUUAGUAUGGGUUAGACUUCACAUAUGUAAACAGGUUUAAAAAAUAAGAAAUAUUGCAUAGAUCGUGUAUUGCUUCGUUGUAACUGAUUCUCAUAACUCAACUGGAAAUUAGGAAUGCUGAUUCACUGCAGAGCUUUUUUUCGCUUUUUUUUUUUUUUCUCUUAUUGUGCCUCUUACCUUGGGAAUUAUACCCAUUGGACCCGCAAAUAUUUUAUGUAUUGUUUCAAAUUUUUAUAUAUUCGUUUUACGACCUUUUACACUUUAUACUUUUUCACUUUUCAACUUGAUAAUGGCGUAACGUAGCGCCGAAACGUCGUUCACUUUUUUAAAUGUAUUUUAAAAAUCUUUUAGCGUUUAACUUUUUGAUCAAAUCAUUUUCGAAAUCUCUCCUGUAACGAAAGAAAAACGUUUUUGAUAAUGGGCACGUUCUGCUUAGGUGUUCAAUCUUAAUCCAGGUAAGACAGGAAAGAAAGAAGUUAAUCGUGUCAAAAAAAAGGCGGGGCACAAUUGAGUGACAACUUGACAUACAUUUCGGGAUUUUUCAGAUUUUUAGCGAGGCCAUGAUGGUGGAACGCGAAGGGUCUAAUUCUGUGUCCCUCAGCUCGCGCUCUCUUUCUUUUUCCUCAUCUGAUUUUUACUUCUUUUAUGCCUCCUAGCAAUAAUAAGAGAUGUUGUCAAGAAGCGAUUUGAAGUUUACGACAGGCUGGAGGAAGCUGCCAGACGUGCCUUGGAACAAGAGGCAGCAGCUAAGGUAGCAGAAGAAAGAAAGAAGGCUGAAGCCGAACUUGCGGCCAAAGCUGCUGAAGAGGCGAAAGCAGAACAAGUCGCUGAACAAGCCGCCGAUCAGAAACCCGAAGUCGAUGAAAGUGGGCGAGAAACAACAGACAAGUUGGAGGAUGGUAGCAUAGCUGGAGAGGAAGCUGGGAGCGAACGUGCAGCUACUGCAGCGGACACGCCUGGUGAAUCAGGGCAAAAUGAACCCACUGAGGAAGCCCCGCCAGACGCUGCAGAGCAAGAACAGUAAACUGCAGACUGACCUACUUUUUAUUUGUUUUUAUGUCGGAUUCAAAGACAAGACAGUUAAUAGCAUGUACAUAAUAACUGUUUUAUUCACCGUUGCUUUAGAAGCUUGAUUACACUGAAUUUUCAGAUUCAACCCAGGUGUUAAUUCACUCUCUUUUUCUAUCGAAGAAAAGGCUCUUUUCCUAUUCGUAGUAUGAAAGUGAAUA